AACGGGUCCAUUCGCACAAGAUUCACUCUCGACAUAUCCACCGCCCUGCUCACGCUAAGCAAAUCUCGAUUCUAACAGAAUCUUCAUUAAAGAAACAAAUAAUAGAUUAAUUCCACGAAUCUAUAUAAAUUAUGAAAUAAGUGGACUCCUUCACACGAUCAGAGUUUUAUUCGGAAGAUUGUCUGAACAAAAAGCAUAUUGCUGAUAGAUUUUAGACUGUUUUCUUUUAAUUUUAUUCUCUGAUUUCGGUUUCUCUUUCUCUUUCUAGGGUUUGCUCGGAUCUCUCCACUUCUCGUGUUUGUAUUUUGUUCUCUCAUUCAUUGAUAUGUUACAAGCGUAAGAGUCCAGAAGAGUGCUUGGAAGAUAAGAGGAUGAUGGGUGUCUAUAAUUAUAUACACAGUUCAUAGGAAAAUAAUGUUCGGGGCUUUUGAAAAGAGAUUGCUGGAAUGGUUUUGAUUUUUAUCGAAUGAGCAUAUUCUGCCCCAGUUUCUUCUGAGUGGCAGGACUUAUGAGAUUGUUUCUUGGAAAUGUUAUGCAAAAUAGAGGUUUACGUUUAUACAUCUGCGAGCAGAAUGUUGGAAAAUAAAAUUUGAACAAUGGAUGACCAUAGAGAAUCCGAAGCUCUGCUCCCCAGCUGGAUUAAUAAAAAUCCAUCUGAAAUGGCUGAAUCGCGUCUUUUUAUUAUCUCUUGCAUCAUUGCUGGUUUGAUAGGAAUUCUGACUAUAUUAUAUACUGCUUUCCAGUGGAGAAGAAAUAUAAACUUAAGUUGGAUGAAAGCCAUUGCAAAGUCAAAGAAAAACCCAAAAGCACGCGACAAAAUUCCUCUGGCUCCUCAUACAUGGGUUUUGGAAUCUGUGAUUCGAGGAAAAAGUUUGAACUGCUGUGUAUGCUUAAAGUCUAUGUCACCUUCGCAGUCUCUUGGUCCCGCGGCAGCUUCAGACACGUUUAUCCACCGUUGCAGCAUAUGCAGUGCAUCAGCUCAUUUGAGCUGCUCCUCAAAUGCUCAGAAGGAUUGCAAGUGCGUAUCAAUGUUUGGUUAUGGUUAUGUAAUGCAUCAAUGGGCAGUGCGGUGGACGGAGGUGACAGACCAACCUGAUGAAUCUUCUUUCUGUAGCUACUGUGAAGAGCCAUGCAGUGGUUCUUUUCUUGGGGGAUCCCCUAUAUGGUGUUGUUUGUGGUGUCAACGUCUUUUGCAUGUUGACUGCCAUGGUAGCAUGUUUAAUGAAACAGGUGAUAUUUGUGAUUUGGGCCCUUUUAGAAGGCUUGUCCUAUCUCCUCUUUAUGUGAAAGUUUUGAAGAGUACUGGUGGAUUUUUAAGUUCCCUCACUCACGGGGCAAAUGAGAUUGCGUCUUCUGUACGUGCUAGCAUCAGAAGUCAAAGUAAGAAGUACAAACAUGGAACUGAGCCCUCUGCUGAUACCGGUAAUAGUAGUAAUUUGAGUGUGUCGUCAGCAGAAAGCACCACUGAGACUAGUACAACAGUAAAUGGGUCUCAUAGCAUGGAAGAAAACUGCAAUCAAAAUGUGAAUACAGAAGGAGUGGAUCAAAAACAAGAUGGUGAAGCAAAAGAGAUGGAGAAUAAAGCCAGUUUAAAAAGAAGUUCAUCAAGUAAUCAGAAUGGUGAAGCAAAACAUAUGGAGAAGAAACCCAGUUUCAAAAGAAGUUCAUCACUUAAUCAGAAGGAUGAAUUUCUAGUUGGUAUGAGACAGAAAUAUGAACUUAUUGAUUUGCCUCCAGAUGCAAGACCCCUGCUAGUUUUCAUCAACAAAAAGAGUGGAGCUCAACGAGGGGACUCACUCAGGCACCGACUGAACAUUCUUCUUAAUCCUGUCCAGGUUUUUGAGUUAAGCUCGACGCAGGGUCCAGAAGUUGGUCUAUAUUUGUUUAGAAAUGUUCCACACUUCAGAAUCCUUGUUUGUGGUGGCGAUGGUACUGUUGGCUGGGUAUUAAAUGCCAUAGACAAGCAGAACUUUGUUUCUCCUCCCCCUGUAGCUAUUCUUCCUGCAGGAACUGGAAAUGAUUUGGCUCGAGUACUUUCCUGGGGGGGCGGUUUGGGCACGGUUGACAGACAAGGAGGACUUUGCAUGCUUUUGCAUCACAUAGAACAUGCUGCAGUUACCAUCCUUGAUCGGUGGAAGAUAUCAAUUUCAAACCAGCAGGGAAAACUACUCCAAGAGCCGAAGUUUAUGAACAACUAUCUUGGAGUUGGAUGUGAUGCAAAGGUUGCUCUCGAGAUCCAUAAUCUGAGGGAGGAGAACCCAGAUAAGUUUUACAAUCAGUUCAUGAAUAAAGUUCUUUAUGCAAGAGAAGGUGCCAAGAGUAUAAUGGAUAGGACUUUUGCAGACUUCCCUUGGCAAGUACGCUUGGAGGUUGAUGGCGUCGAGAUUGAGGUUCCUGAGGAUGCAGAGGGUGUCCUUUUAGCUAAUAUUGGAAGCUACAUGGGUGGUGUAGACUUGUGGCAGAAUGAAGAUGAGAGCUAUGAUAAUUUCGAUCCCCAAUCCAUGCACGAUAAAGUGCUUGAGGUUGUCAGUAUUUCAGGUACAUGGCACCUUGGAAAGCUUCAGGUGGGUCUAUCUCGAGCUCGUAGGCUGGCACAGGGGCAGUCAAUUAAGAUUCAGCUUUUUGCUGGUUUGCCUGUUCAAGUAGAUGGGGAACCAUGGUUUCAACAUCCUUGUACAUUGACUAUAUCACAUCAUGGGCAGGCCUUCAUGCUGAAAAGAGCAGCAGAGGAACCUCUUGGUCAUGCGUCUGCCAUAAUUGCUGAUGUCCUCGAGAACGCUGAAACCAACCACGUGAUUAAUGCAACUCAGAAAAGGGCAUUGCUUCAAGAAAUGGCACUUAGACUAUCCUAGAGGCUUACUUCGUGGUUUUGUAUCACCACCUUUUCUUCAUUGCCUAUCCACUGUUUCGUGUGUAAUGUUGACGAAAAGGAAACCAAGUGCUUCUAGCUGAAACUUGUUGUACAUGAAACCUUGAUUAUCAUCAAGGUAAGGAGAGGCAAAUUUUGGUGGCUGCGUUAUAUGUAGAGAAAUGCAUUAUGUAUACUUCUUUAGAGUGCGUUUGAUUUGCCGAUUUGAGGUCGUUUUCAGU